GAGGGCUUGGCAGCACUUUGCAAAUUGCUGAAGCAAACAUGCUUUCCAUUUCCCAGGCUGCAAGCCACACACUUCCCCUUCCCUCACUUUCACUUCCAGAAGAAGCAUGCUCCCAGAAGGGCCCAACUGGCAGGACUCCAGCACAAGAAGCAGGUAUAUUUUAAUGGUCCAACCCACUGACUUGAAUUCUUUAUCUCCUCCUCCAGGGACUUUCCUAACUUCCUUCUGUAAAUGAAGGAAGGAGCACAUGAGCACACUGUAUAUAAAUACACUUGGCAAAGCUUUUCUUUUUUUUUCCUUAAACCAAACUUGGUUUCUGUUGUAGGCGGUGCAUUCCCUAGGAAGGCAGGGCCACAGCGUGUUGUCCAGGGGGAGAGAAAAGGGGAGGAGUAGGCAAGAUGAUUAAUUCACCCAUGCGUGCGAAACUGGUCUUCUAUUUAAUGGGGGGUCUCUCUGCCGAGGAGAAGUCAGUGGCGCCUCCAGGGCCAGCAAGAGCACGGCGGAGGAUCUGGGUUUCAUGGAGACAGCCAGUGUGGAAAUGCUUCCAGAGGACGGCAGCCACAGGCCCAGGGCCAGAACUGGGCUGCAGGCCAGGAGCGGCCGAGUGCUCUGGGCUCUUACCUGUUGCUUGGUGCUGCUUCCCAUCCUCGCAGGGCUCACCACCUACCUGCUUGUGGGCCAGCUCCGGGCCCAGGGAGAGGCCUGCAUGUUCCAGGCUCCAGAGGGACAAGAGUUUGGACCAUCACAUCAGCGAGCUUACACACCUCCCAGAGCUGAUGGAGCUAAGCCAAGGGCACACCUGACAGUUGUAAGACAAACUCCCACACAGAACUUGAAAAAUCAGUUCCCAACUCUGCACUGGGAGCACGAGCUUGGCUUGGCCUUCACCAAGAACCGGAUGAACUACACAAAUAAAUUCCUGGUUAUCCCCGAGGCAGGAGACUAUUUUGUUUACUCACAAGUCACAUUCCGAGGGACCACAUCCGAGUGUGGUGAAAUCAGCCUAGGGAGACCAUCAAGCAAGCCAGACUCCAUCAUCGUGAUCGUCACCAAGGUAACAGACAGCUACCCUGAGCCAACAAAACUACUAACGGGGACCAAGUCAGUGUGUGAAAUAGGCAGCAACUGGUUCCAACCCAUCUACCUGGGGGCUGUGUUCUCCUUGCAAGAGGGGGAUAAACUGGUGGUGAACGUCAGUGACAUCUCCUUGGUGGAUUACACAAAAGAAGAUAAAACCUUUUUUGGAGCCUUCUUGCUAUAGGGGCAGUACAGAUGUCAUUGUGUGAAGGUCCCUUGCCUCCUAGUUCCUUUUCUUUGUUCAUAUGUAGGAGUUUUCUUGGGGCCAAUGGGGGUAUUCCACAGAGGCAGUGGUUUAGCUAUGAAAUUUAGGACCCAGAAGCUAACACUUUACAUGGCUUAUUAAUAAGAAUGCUAGUUGGAGAAGGGCAGAAGAGAGCAGACACAUUGUCAUGGUGGCUUGGAGGAGUGGCAAGUUUCUAAACACUAAAACACUGAUCAGUGGAUGGAUGUAUAUCUAUUUAGGUCAAGAUCUGAAGAGGAACAUUUCCAUGACUUCCUACUAUGCAUUUGUUCUCAUUGGGCCAUUUGUCCAAUUGGAUCCUGAAGCAUUUGCUUCAGUUGAGGAACCUUAAACAAAGUCCAAAGCCCUAGAGAACAAAGUAAACCCUUCAGAAGUGGAAUCCUUAAUCAGUUUCCCCAAGCAUAUACAUUCAUGCCUUGUUUAAAAAGUGAAGAGAGAGCUGGUAUCGCUCAGGAACCUUCUCAAAAAUGGAAUUGGUUUUCAUGCCAUAUAUGGCAUGUGGGAAAAGCUACCCUUCCUUUUCUUAUGGACACAGGUAUCAAAAUAAGCAAGUAUGAGUUCUACAUGCAUAUUGAAAAUACAACAAUAGCAUUUAUCCAGCACAGUUUUCUUGAGCAUCUGGUAUAUUCUGGGAACUGCAGUAGAUACUACGAAGAGCAAGAAGGACUCUACUCCAAACCCAUAUGAAUAUGUCUAGAUGCUUCCUGGUCAAAUAUCACUCAACAUACUCCCAGGAUUAACUCCAAAUCCUAAGAAAAUAUCAUCUGAUACUGUUACAUAAGCUUUCUGGAGUUCUCUUGCUUAUGUAAGAUGUCUAGCUGAUUAGGUCACUCAGAAAACUUGAAGACAGGUUUCUAGCUAAUGACACAGUUAUAAAACAAACUUGAUUGAUGCUAGGAGACCACGAACUUAUUCUCUGG